AUGUCUUUUCAGUUUCCUAAGACGGUCCAUCAGUGGAGGUCUCAAGUAACAAAGUUCUCCCUCCACAAUUCGUCAUCUCAAAAUGUGAAAUGCGAGUCUGGCUCUAAGAUUGCAUAUGAGCAGUUUCUCCUUCUGCGUACCCUCUGGAACGCUCGCCUUGACGCUGAAGAGUUCGACAAACACUGUGAAAUUGAAGGAUGGAUUACCCCCAGGAUCCUCAAAAAGGCAAAGAGCAGCUUAGAGGGGCUACAGUCUUGGAAACAUUAUGAGGAGUCAUUCUUGCCCCCUUUCAAUGCGGCCACAGGCCGUGGGACCGCACAAGGUUCCUUUGCCCUGGUCCGGUACUACCAGCAACUGUCACUCACGCAAAUCGAAGCGCCAAUGUAUCAGCCCAAGGUCGAGUUCUCACCGAGGCGCCUCAGAAGUCAUGGCCAGAAGGCCGGUCCCCCCGGACUCCUACACGUGGUCCAAGUGGUCCAGCAAAAGGCCCAGUGA